GAAUCCUGCCUGGUAACAAACAACUGAGCAUCACAAGGAACCUUAAGUUGGAGACAAACAAUUGGGAAACAUGGUAGGACUUAAACCCUCAGAUGUUCCUCCUCCUCUGGGGGUGAAGAUGGCGAGCGCUGGAGCAGCUGCCUGUAUAGCUGAUAUCGUCACAUUUCCUCUGGACACAGCCAAAGUCAGACUACAGAUUCAGGGAGAGAAGAAGGGAGUGGAGGGCAUCCGCUACAGGGGGGUGUUUGGGACCAUCAGCACCAUGAUCCGAACAGAGGGGCCCAAGUCUCUGUAUAACGGGCUGGUAGCUGGGCUGCAGAGGCAGCUGUGCUUCGCCUCCAUCAGAAUCGGCCUCUACGACAAUGUCAAAAACUUCUACACCGGCGGAAAAGACAACCCCAGUGUGCUGAUUCGUAUCCUAGCCGGCUGCACUACAGGAGCCAUGGCAGUGUCCUUUGCACAACCCACCGACGUGGUCAAGGUUCGAUUCCAAGCCCAGAUGAAUCUGGAUGGUGUGGCUCGUCGCUACAACGGCACCAUGCAGGCCUACAAACACAUCUUCCAGAAUGAGGGAAUGCGAGGACUCUGGAAAGGAACUCUACCCAACAUCACAAGAAACGCACUGGUCAACUGCACGGAGCUGGUUACAUACGACCUGAUCAAGGAGGCCAUCCUCAGACACAACCUGCUGUCAGACAACCUGCCGUGCCACUUUGUGUCUGCGUUCGGUGCCGGCUUUGUUACCACGGUGAUCGCCUCCCCGGUAGACGUGGUGAAAACGAGAUACAUGAACUCUCCACCAGGCCAGUACAAGAGUGCGAUCAACUGUGCCUGGACCAUGUUGACUAAAGAGGGGCCCACGGCGUUCUACAAAGGAUUCGUGCCCUCGUUUCUGAGGCUGGGAUCAUGGAACGUCGUAAUGUUUGUCUCAUUCGAGCAAAUCAAGAGAGCCAUGAUGGUCUCAAAGAAGAGGAUGGAAGCCACAAAUUGAGAUUCCUGUGUCAAAGUUUGACUGUGAAACCUGAACCACUGCUGGGUUGGAACAUUGAUGAGGAAACCUAAUGUAAAUGCAAUUCUUGUUUUAGCUUUAUCCAAUAAUCUUCUUGCCCAGUGGUGACAAAAGAUAAAAUCCUUUGUUUAAAAAGGAGUACUGGACAAUCCGCUAUGAAUUUGACUUUCUGUGUAUCAGAAGACACACACCUCUCCUUUUAUAUUUAUAAUUUCUCCCAAUGGGCCCAUUCCUGACACUGUGGGAGUAAAUGGUCUGGACAUGUGUUUAAUUUGCACAUAAGGCUGAGUUUACCUGAACAGUCCUGGAUUAAAAGUUUUUUUUAAUGCAGCUCUUCAUUGAAUUUCUUUUGUUUUCUUUUAGGACUAGAUCUAUUCCAUAUCUGUGAAACUGACCUGUGACUCUAAAUCUGCCAGUUUUACAUGUCAGGCAGCUUUAAGCAGUGCAUCUUUACGUAUGCCAGAUAACAUUGGCACCCGCAGUAAAGUGUAAAACAUGUUUAUGUAAAUCCUAAAUAUAUCUGACUUGUUUUACAAA